AUGGAAUUGAUGUGUCAUUGUUCAAGUUUUCUUCUUUCGCCGGAGAACCACAACGCGACGUGUUCGCUUUCUCUCAACUACACUCUCGUUGUCCUCAAUCAGAGUCUUCCGAGAUUUGCUCCUCUGCUUUGGGACCACGCUCAUGUGCGAGUGUGCGCCGAUGGAGGUGCCAAUAGGGUGUAUGAUGAAAUGCCUCUUUUCUUCCCGCACCAGCAACCUUCCCAUGUUCGCUCCAGGUACAAGCCUGAUGUAAUUAAAGGAGACAUGGAUUCGAUACGCACAGAAGUACUUGACUUCUACGCAAAACUGGGAACUAAGAUAAUUGAUGAGUCGCACGAUCAGGACACCACAGAUUUACACAAAUGCGUCACAUAUUUACGUGACCUCACCCCAAAGAUUGAAGGAUCAGAGCUAUGCAUUCUUGUUGCUGGAGCACUUGGUGGGAGAUUCGACCAUGAGAUUGGAAAUAUUAAUGUUCUGUGUCGAUUUUCCAACACACGAAUUAUCCUUCUAUCUGAUGAUUGCCUCAUUCACCUUCUUCCAAAGAAUUACUAUCAUAAAAUCUUUAUUCAAUCAUCUGUUGAGGGUCCGCACUGUGGACUCAUUCCAAUUGGGAUGCCGUCUGGAAGCUCUACAACCACAGGACUCAAAUGGGACCUCAAGGACACGGAAAUGAGAUUUGGAGGUUUAAUAAGCACAUCGAAUAUUGUGAAAGGGGAAAUAGUUACAGUACAGUCGGAUUCAGAUCUUCUUUGGACUAUUUCUAUUAAGAAGCUCUAG